AUGGAGCUGGCUUUGGCAUUUGUCACCGGAUUGCAACGUUCAUGUAACCUGAUUGAUGUGGCAACAUCGCACAGAGUUAGUUUCAUAAAGGUAAUGAGCGACAGCGACUUCCACGUCCUGGCCGUUGACUACAGAGGUUACGCAGACUCUACGGGCCAGCCGAGUGAGACGGGUUUCACGACUGACAUCCUGUAUCUCUACCACUGGGUGAAGGCCAGGAGUAGAAACAGCACAGUGAUCUUCUGGGGCCACUCCCUUGGUACUGGGAUUUCCACGAACGUCGCCCGGGUGCUGAAAGAGAAAGAGGGGGUCAUAGUAGAUGCAAUAGUUCUAGAAGCACCAUACACCAGCAUCCGAGAUGCAGCGGCGACAAUCCCCGUAACAAAAAUCUACCGCCAAUUUCCUGGCUUUGAGUAUUUAAUCUUGGACACGAUGGAACGUGCGGACAUGCGCUUCUGUAACGACAGAAACGUCCAAGUGCUCUCCAGCCCAAUCUUAAUUUUGCACUCGGAAGACGACGGCAUGAUACCCAUCAGCCACGGGAAAAAGCUGUAUGAGAUAGCCCGCAAUGCCUCCCAGAAGAAAGAAACCGUCCAGUUCAUUGCCUUCCCUGCGAGCAAGGGCUUCGGCCACGACUACCUUUCCUCCAAAGCCCCGAACUGCCGGCCAUACUGGAAAGAUUUUCUCCAGAGCAUCAAAUGAUCGGCGUCCGUCUACAGUCGAGCCCAGCUGGGAGGAGAGUCCUUUGACCUUUUCCACGCGCACAGCCAACCAUGGGUUUUCCCCGUGGUCAAACUUUGUGUUGUAAUGUUUUCUGUGAAAUCAUUCCACACACACCUCCAUCCUGCCCAUUUUGUCAUUUGACUCUUGAGUUGCAAUUAUUCCACGUGCCGCCGCUGAAAAUAAAUUAUUUGUCAUGGUGACGGGCAAGAUGUCAUCCAUGAUGCAGAAGAA